AUGCAAUUAAUUGCUGCCCUCACGACCAUUGCGUUUGCUUCUGGUACUUCAGCGAAGUGUUUCAAUACGGGAAGAUCAACGUUAUUCUCCGAGUCGAACCAGAUCGUCAACAUACGACACCUCUGUAGGAGCUUUGUUGGUGACUUCAAACCGGGUCAAUCAAAGGUCGCUUGCCUGGAGGAUGACAUACGCUCGAGAUGGGACUUUGAGCUAAAGUUCAUCGGCACCGGUCAGGACAGCCGCAACAUCGAUGUAAUGGAGUGCAUGGGCGGCAUGAUGUCAGAGGCUGCAGGCUGUCGCUUCGGUGGACAGACUGCGUACACCAACUGGUAUUACAUGUAA